AUGCAGACCAAAACCAAGAGGAAACGAUUGAGUCGCGGUGGUCGCUGGACGGAAGAAGAGCGACUUCAGCUGGUACGACUGCGUGAUCGUAAUAAGCAUCUUGCUUGGGAUCAGUUUCAGAAGAUAUACUUUCCACGACGGUCCUAUAUGGCUUUGACGAAGGCUUAUUCGAUCUAUCCCCUAUUGGCAUCUCUAUGUUCUUCUCUUGUUGAUGUUUUUGUUGGAUUGUGUGGGUCGAAGAGGGACAACGCAAUGGUGUGCACUCCAUCCCUCGACCAUAAACAGAAACAGCAGUUGCUUAACCGGGCCCUUGUCCCAUGGCAGACCAAUAACACUAGCAAUGAGACGACACUCCCAUCCAAGACCAACAGACCUAACAAACGGCCAAACAUUGACGAGCGCUCUGUCAACGAACGGGCCAAUAAACAGGCUAGGACAGCCGAGAGAGAUUCGACCUAUGUGCCUGAGGAAGACCCAGAAUCUCCGGAUAACGGAGAUAUUCAUGAGGAUGGCUCAGUAUGUCCACCCCCGUCUAGCCAGAAUCGAAUAGAAUUGCUAACAAGCAUGCAGUCGAGCCCCAUGCAUGGUCGAACGAGAAGUUCGGUGAACUCCUUGGCAAAGCUUAGAGCCCAAACAGUCGCAACACAGCCGAUAUCUCAAAGUUCCAGAAAUACCACAAGCUUACAGACAAGUGCAUCGGAUAAAACAGCUUCGGAGUCCCCUAGCCAGGCUAAACAAACCAGGGGCACUGAGAGGGUCAUGGGCUCUGCUCACAAUAACAAGCCUGUGCCGACCACUACAGCGAUGCAGGGUAUCAGUCUGCCCAAAGCCAAUCCAGGCAAUUCCCCUUCUAAAGCUUCGCAGCCGGAGCGGGCCAGUGCGCAAAUAGAAUGCAUGAGUUUUGGCACGGCGCACGACCUAUUUGCCAGCUUGGUGAAAACCAUUGCUGAUUACCGAAAAGCAACCAAAAAAAGAAAGGGCUUGAUUGUCACGGUGGCAGAGAGAAUCGCCAGUUCUGCCUACCUUACUAUAUAA